CCAGAAAGCCAACCGGUUGCCACACUUCUACCUGUAGAUUCGAUUUUAGAAGACAUGUCAGAUGACAGUGCAAAUCUUAGCUCUACGAAAGCGACUCAAGUCGAGAGUUUAAAAGGGCCCUGGCUUUGUCCAUGGGGUGCCACCGUGGUUGAUGAGGUAGCUCCAGCAUUUAAGUCAAUAUUGGAGGCAAGCUACGCAUCAUCUUCUAUUCCUAAAGAAGACACAACAGAGAGUAGAUGCCAGUGGUGGAAAAAGAGAAAGAAACUUGAUCAUCGCCUGGGAAUAUUUCUAAGGAAUAUAGAAGCUUCCUGGCUGGGUCCCUGGAGGUGUCUGCUUCUUGGAGAAUGGUCGAACUACAAAUUGCCUGACUCAGUGCAAAAAAAGCUGGUGAAUAAUCUCAAGUCCAAGUGCAAAAUGGAAGUAAAUGAGAUGCUUUUGAAAGUUAUUCUUGGUGGUGGUACGGAAAACUUAAAAGGAGAAGCAUGUGUUGCUCAGCUUUCUUUAAGAAAUGGUUGCUAUGUAGGUAGAGGGGGAUAUCUUUACGAAGAAGAUAACUGUAAAACUCCUACUGCUGCGUCUAAUAUAUCUGAAAGUAGGCAUGAAUUGGCCUUAAAACUGAUACAUGACGCAGCAGCCAAACUAGGGCAACAAGACGAACAAGAAAACAGAGAACCUAUCAUUCUUGUGUUAGAUCCGGAGGUUCAGGUUCGUCAAUUAUAUCCUUAUAAUUUUCCUGCACAUGAAUUAGAAAGUUUGACUGGAUGGUUUUAUCCAUCACGAUUCUUAAUGAAAAACAUAGAUCCUUUUCGUGAAGACUGCUGCUAA